AUGCAUCGAGCAAAAAUGGGACCAGGUCCAUCACCAAUUAAUUCACAAAAUUCUGAACCAACAACAUCUGGACAAUAUCAUCAUUCAAUGGAAUCAGCUUCACCAAGUUCAACUGGCAAAAUGAUGCCAUCAAGUGGUAAAGGUAGUAAAGGUGAUAAACCUUCAUCUAUGAGUGGAUUAAUUCGUACUAAUUUAUCACAACAAUUACCAACUCAACAACAACCACAACAAGAACAACAUUGUGUUUAUUAUAAUGGUGGUCAUGGUAAUCCAACUGGUAUUAAUAAUAAUAAUUAUAAUAGUGGAUAUCCAAUGAUGAUGACGACACAUCCUCAACAAACACCACAACAAUGGAUACUCCAAUAUUUGUCCUUCAGUUAA